CUCUGAGAGCCACUUGUCUGAAACCCAGACGCAUCCCACGUAGGUGGGGGGUAAAGCAUUACUACCAGGCAGGGGGUAAUUAGGCUUUUAAAAUAGCAUAUUAAUGCCUUGCUGUCACUGAUAUUCUUUAGUAUUCUGUUACAGAUGCAAAACGGAUGUGUCGCACUGUUUGUUCUCACGCCGACCCCAGGGCUCUCAUGUUUCCGUUACUUGGCUCUGAACGCUGUAACGUUGUCUAGUCGUUACUUUGCGCCCAAUAUCCUGCCGCCUGGAGCGCUGCUGGCCAGAUGGUGACUCGCGGUAAUCUCCUUAGCACCGCGUAUACCGCAUGUUCUGAUUGUGAGAGGUACGACAGAGAGAAAAAAAGAGGAGCUUUGACAAGUUGAGCUGUAUUGGCAUUCAGUUUCUUUUCCUGACGAAUUGUGGACUAGAACGACGGACAAAAUAACUCAAGUCAUGUUUGGAGAGGACUAUUUUUUCUACUGGAGCGGCGUCUGCUAUCACUGACAGACAGGUGUGGAGAAAUACGGGUAGUUAGCUUGUUUUGUCCGACUCACGCCAGAGCAACAAGUGUUAUUUGUUUGUUGACGCUGCACUUGGGAUAGAGCUUUGUGCUGGAAGUCAACACUGACAGAUUGUGAAAUCCUACCUAUCAUGUGAAGGCUUUGGUUGUGGUUUGUGUGUGUGUGUGUGUGUAUCCAUGUGUGUGUGUGUUUAUGUGUGUGCGAGUGACAGAGACAGUGUAACAGAGAGCUAAGCUUUGUAGCCUCGCUCUAGCGGUACUGGCCUGUAACAAAUGUCCCUGUAACCCUGGAACUAUGAAACCAUGACAGUCAUCACUUUUUCAAGCAUUGCUGGAAGGCUUCUGAAAGAAAUCCGGGUUCGUGAACAUCCUUCUGCCCCCGAGAAUGUUGCAGCACCCUGGUCUGAUAUUCUAGAACCUCAGACCACGAACCCAAUUCUAGAAUCUUGUGUGGUCAAAGGCCAGAGAUGGAUGGAACAGAAAGAAGACAGGAGAGAAACAAAGAAAGGGAAGGCAAAAAGGAAGAGACAAACUUGGAGCAGAGGAGUCAGCAGAAAGAGGAUGGCGAGAGUAAGGAGAGAGGACCACUGUAACUUAAGGAACAAAUGCAACAAGAAAGUUAUAGAAGACCUUAAAAGUGGGAGGAAAUGCUUGAAUGGAAAGUAUGAGAGCAAGACUGAUGUAACUGGGAUUCUGUCAGCUGCAGAAACAGAAGAUGAAAUCAAUGAAAUGGUGAAAAGGUUAACGAAAAGGAAGACGACGCCUGUUUUUUCUUGGUUAUUUCACCUGAAAAACAUCACUGGAACAGUGGAAAACAUGAUGAAAGGGAUGAGGUGGCAUCAUAUCUUCCUCUGGUUAACCCUCCUCCUCUUCAGCCUGUGUCCAAAAUCUGCUUCAUCACAGGGAAAUUUCCCACGAAUGGAGAACAUUGCUGCCUUCAAACCUGUGUCCACCUCUCCGGUUCGUUCCACCUGUGGGGUUCCAGAGCGGAGCAGCUACUGCCAGUCGCCGUCCUCCCAGACUGAGCUGAUGACAUGUUAUCAGGCCUUCUGUAUCCAGGAGUGUCCCUAUAGAUCCUCCACACCUCCGUAUGCCCCUCUGCUUCUGCCUGCACACAGGGGUACCUGUGUAACUGAGGACAGGAAUGACACACGCCCUGAGACAGAGACCGGAACCUCUACUAGUUCAGAGUGGAUUGCUAGUGGAUCCAGUAGUGUGCUGUUUCUGCCGUUCCAGGAUGGAUGUCUGGUCUCUCCCUCCUCACAGAAACUAGGAACGUUAGGUUCCCUCACCCUGGCAUUGUGGAUAAAACCAAGCUCUCCUGGAGAGAUGAUGCUGCUGGAGAAGAGCUCAGGGGAGAGGUUGUUUUUUUCGGUGACAGUGUCCGAGCAGGCGGUCACCCUGCGGUAUGGUCAGGCCAGCAGUCAGAAUCCUUUGACCAUCAGCUUCAGAACAGGGGGGAGGCUUACACUGGAGAGAUGGACACACAUUGUUUUGCAGGUCCAUGACAGGCGUGUGAGUCUAUUUCUGGAUGGGCUUGAGGAGGAUGGGACACCAUUUGACACACAACCACUGACCGCCAGGCUAUCUGAUAUCAGCGAGGAUGGUGCCAUGUGGGUGGGACUCAGCUCCAACGGGUCUAAUCAGUUCAUUGGGCGAAUGCAAGACUUUAGAUUUUAUCCUGCCACUCUGACCAACAGGGAAAUAGUGGAGGUGUAUUCAGGGGUCCUGCCCCAGCUCCAUGCCCAGUCAGAGUGUCGCUGUCCUCCCAGUCACCCAAGAGUUCACCCUUUAGUUGUGAGAUACUGCAUUCCCAAUGGUGUUGAGGACACAACCAAUGACAGAGUCUUAAGACUCAACCUUAAUGCCCAUCCACUCAGUUAUAUCAAUGAUCAGGACAUGGGCACCACAUGGCUUUCUAAGAUCAUGACUACAGAGGAAAUGGAUGAAGGAGUCACUAUUACUGUGGAUUUGGCAAAUGGACAAUACCAGAUAUUCUACGUUAUAGUACAAUUUGGGGGGCUCUUGCCUGAGUCAGUUCUGAUCCAAAGACGGGUGCUUUACCUCACAGAACUUGAGAGUGGCACCACCACAGAACAGCCCUGGUUGGACUGGCAAUAUAUGGCCAGAAACUGCACUGUGUUUCAAAUGCAGAACAAUGGGCCUUUACUGAGACCAGAUUCAGUCAACUGUCUGCAGCUGCCCAGCGAUGUUCCCUUCUCAGGAGGUAACAUUAUAUUCAGCCUGCUGACCCCAGAGCCAAAUCUGAGGCCAGGCUAUAACGACUUCUACAACACUCCUGCUCUGCAGAAGAUGGUACAUGCCGGCCAGGUCAGGAUACACCUGAAUGGACAAUCCCACUCCAGAGCAGCCGGGGUGAACCAGCGUCACAGAUACUAUUCCAUCAGUGAGAUCACCAUCAGUGGCAGAUGUGAGUGUCACGGCCAUGCAGACCACUGUGAUACCAGUGUGACGCCCUAUCGCUGCCUGUGUCUGCCUGAGAGCCACACAGAGGGCAACAAUUGCCAACGUUGUGCCCCCCUUUACAAUGACAAGCCAUUCAGGUCAGGUGACCAGCUCCAGCCUAUGAACUGCCGGUCUUGUCGGUGUCAUGGCCACGCCCUCUCCUGUCAUUACAAUGUUGGAGCUGAUGAUCAGCCGGAGGAGCACUAUCGAGGAGGAGGAGGCGUCUGUGACAACUGCAUGCACAACACCACAGGUACAAACUGCGAGCUGUGUAUAAGUGGGUUUUUCAGGCUGGAGGAAUCUGAUCCCACUUCAGCUGAUUUGUGUCAGCCUUGCAACUGUAACACUGAUGGAACAGUCAACAGCAGCAUGGAGUGUGCCCAGGUAGGAGGUCAGUGUCAAUGUAAGGUUGCAGUAACAGGACGUCAGUGUGCAGAGUGUCUGCCUGGUUGGUAUGGUCUUAAAGCCUCAAAUCCAUAUGGCUGCACCCGCUGUAACUGCAGUGACAUUGGCAUCAUUAGCACCUCAACAGAAGGAGUUCCCAGCUGUAACCAGGACACUGGACUGUGCCAGUGUAAACCCCAUGUCACAGGUCUUUCCUGUGACCGCUGUGAGUUUGGGUAUUGGAACCUCUCCCACCAUGACGGCUGUGUCCCGUGUGACUGUGACCCCCUGGGUUCCCUCAGCCCGUUCUGUGAGCCUGAGGGGGGACAGUGUGAGUGCAAGACCGGGGUGGGGGGGCAGCGCUGUGACUCUUGUGGCAGGGGUUCAUAUGGUUUAAGACUGGAGGGAUCCUGUGUCAGCUGCAACUGCUCACAAAAAGGGACAAUACCUGGGACAGACUGUGAUCCUCACACAGGACAGUGUGUGUGUAAGGAACACGUGGAAGGCCGUCGCUGUGACUCUUGCCGUCGUGGUUACCACACCCUGGAGCAAAGAAACUCCCUGGGCUGUCUGCCGUGUGCAUGUGACAUUCAGGGCACUGUGCCAGAGGGUGUAUGUGAUAUGUGGACUGGACAGUGUCUAUGCCGAGAAGGGGCUGAGGGAGCGCACUGUACCAACUGUGCCCAUAACUACUACAACAGGAGUUUACUUCUCCAGAAGGGAUUGUCCCAGGGCUGUGUACCUUGUAUUUGUGACCUCAGAGGUACAGUGACGGGGUCAGUAUGUGACAGCACCACAGGGCAGUGUGUUUGUGUUCCUACACGCUAUGGAAAGGAUUGCAGUAGCUGUCGAACUGGCUACUACCUCUCUCCAGAUCAGAGUAUGUGUGCAGAGUGUGACUGCCAUCCAAUGGGAGCAUCACAGCGUGGUUGUGAGAGCCAGACUGGACAGUGUGUGUGCGCCCAUCCCUCAGUUGGAGGGCGACGCUGUGACCAGUGUCGUGAGAUGUUCUUUGGAUUCAACCCUGGCCUGGGAAGCUCAUCACCCUCCCAACAACCUGCACCAGUAGGUUUUGCUCUCAGUUAUUCAUCCAUUCAUCUCUUUUGGCAUCCACCUGACUCUCCAAACUCAAACAUACUCAACUACACACUUAUCAGGGAUGGACAGUCAGUGAACAGCAUUCACAGUCACUAUCCUUUCAGCCCUGAAUCAUUUGAAGACACUGGUUUAUUUCCCUACACCAACUACUCUUACUGGCUGAUAACAGCUAAUGUGGCCGGUGCGACAAUAAGUGCAUCAACCUCAUACCAAACUUUCAGCGCACCACCGAAAGCCGAACAGCUCAAUUUACAUCUUGUGGGACGACCUGGUCCAACCACCGCUAGCUUUAGCUGGAGUCCACCACGAAAUGAUACAGGCCCAGUGGAAAGGUUCGUCUUAUCAUCCAGAGAGUCUAGUGGAGCAGAGCCUGUCAUUCACUACACAGGUUUAUCAACAGAGGCUGUGGCAAGCGGUCUAAAGCCCUUCACCCAAUACACUGUUAUACUGGAGGCGUGCUCUUCUGGGGGAUGCACCUCUACCCCACCACUGUCUUUUCUAACAGCCUCUGCUCCCCCACAAAACCAACCCGCACCCAGAGUCACUGCUACAGGACCACAUACACUACAUGCUUCUUGGGAGCCCCCCAGUCAGCCAAAUGGUGUUAUCACAAGGUAUGAAGUCUUUCUACGUGGACCAAGGGACCUUCAAAACCCUUCAAGCCCUGCUGUUGAGAAGAGAGUGUUUCUCAGCGCUGGUUGGUUGGAUCAAAGUGUUUCUCCAGGAGUACAGCUAACCAAUAGGAGCACAGUCUCACCCCUUGAAAGCGCUACCAUUGUUGGAAGUCUGCAGCCGUUUUCCACCUAUCAGAUGAGAGUUGUGAGCAGCAAUAUGGCAGGAAGUGUCACAUCAGGGUGGACCACAGCACGCACCAUGGAGGGAGUCCCAGAGUUGAUGGCUCCUCCAGAAGUGUUUGCACUGUCAUCCACCAGUCUCAAAGUUACUUGGAGCACUACUGAGGGUCAAGGGAUCCUCGCCAGAGGACAAGUCACAGAAUAUCGAGUCAACAUGCUCUCUGAACAAACCAACAAUCCCUAUGCUCCUCCAGUUUUUAGUCAGGUCUUACAUAGGGUGGGACCAUCUUCACAGCCUGUUUAUUUAGUAAAAGGACUGAAGCCUUACCAUGUGUACAACUUCACUGUUACACUCUGCACAACUACGGGUUGCAUUUCCAGUCUGCCAAGCACAGGACAGACCCUACCAGCAGCUCCAACAGGACUGUCUCCACCUCAAUUACAUCCAGUAAAUGAAACCACCAUUCAGAUAGGGUGGAACCCCCCUGCCCAACUCAAUGGACCACACCCACUAUAUCAGGUGGAAAGGACAGACGUCUCUCUUUCUGACCCACAAGGUCCUGUUGUCAGAGGAACCAGAUUCCCAGGAAACGGUUACUACCGGUUUCCCAGUGACACCCUUCCUAUCAACACUGAUUUCACAGGUGUGGAGUUGAGUUUUAAGACUCUGUCCCCAGAUGGACUGCUGCUCUCUGCCUUCUCUCCAGGAAAUCAGGAAGAGUUCCUAGCUAUUCAGCUCAAAAAUGGACGCCCCUACUUUUUGUUUGAUCCACAGGGCUCAGCAGUGGCUGUAAGUGUACAGGAUGAUGGAGGGCGUGGCUACAAUGAUGGACAAUGGCACAGCAUCAUAGCAACAAGGCAUGGGGCCGUGGGAACAAUCGUUGUAAACAAUCAAUACAGAGGAAAUUCAUCAGCUUUCAGUGGCAGCACCAUUAUUGGUGAGAACACAGGGAUGUUUAUUGGAGGGCUGCCUGAAGACUUUACUUUGCUGCGAGAGGAUUCAGGUGAUGCUCGACUAGUGCAACAGGGUUUCUCUGGUUGCCUCAGAGACGUGAGUUUUAAGGUGACUGACGGUCCCUCAGAGGAGUGGAAAUCUCUUGAUUGGGCAAAAGCCACAGAGAAGGUGGCAGUGUAUGAAAGCUGGGAGGGAUGCCCUAUUCAAACUGUGGAUGGAGCCCAUUUUCUGGGACAUGGUUACUUGGAGAUGGGCAAAGAUGUUUUUAAUGGAGGAAAGGACUUUGACAUUACUAUGGAUUUCAGAACAGACCAGCUCAAUGCACUUCUGCUCUUUACAUACAACACACAAACGGAAGACUACAUGCUGGUGGAGCUGGAAGCCGGUCUCCUGUCCUUCAUUCUUGCCUCUGAAGGUCACUUGACUGAACUCAGCAUGUGGGUGGGGCUUAGCUAUUGCAAUGGAGACUGGAAACAGCUUUCUUUGGCAAAACGUGGCUCGCUCAUUUCUGCUGCAGUCAAUGACUGGGCAGAAGAGACAAGGGGAGUGGGAGAAGCAGUGAGGCUGAGAGUUGAUUCGCCAUUAUACUUGGGGGGUGUCCCCAUGGAGCUCGUACAUCCUGCUCUGGACAGCAAAAGUCACAAACACGGUCUAGGAGGUUGCAUUAGGGGUCUUACCAUACGAAGGGAUGAAUCAAACCCUCCUGUUAGUCAAAGUGUAAAUCUCUGUGUUGCCUCCCGCCGUUCUGUAAGAGUCUACUUAGACGGCUGUCCCUCCAGUGAAAGCCGGUACAACUGCAGAGGAAACGAUUCAGUUUUGGUGUAUAGUGGGAGGAAGACGCAAGCCACAGAUCAUAGCCUACAGCCUUUCACUGAGUACUUGUACAGGUUGGUGGCCUUGGCUGCAGGAGGUUGGGCGGCAGGACCUUGGCAAAGAGGACGCAGCCGAAGCAAAGUACCUAGGUCUGUACCACCUCCUACUACAGUGCAGAGCUUGAAUGGCUUCAGUGCCAAGGUGAGCUGGGUGCCACCCACUGGGGACAUCAGAGGGCUGAUUGACAGAUAUGAGCUGAAGGCCUACAAUAGAGAUCAGCCAGAGGUACCACCUAUCAAAUCCAUAUACCUGGCCAAUGGAAAUUUCACAGGUGUGCUGCCGAGUCUCACUCCUUCCACUCGAUACAUUAUCACCGUAAGUGCCUGUAGUCCUGUUGGCUGCACUGAGAGUCUUCAUAAUGAGAAUGGUGAUGAUAAUGAUUUCGGAUUGAGCUUCACAACCCCGGAGGAAGCUCCAGAUGCUGUCUCUCCUCCUGCCACAGUCUCAUCCCCCUCAGCUCUCUAUGUUACCUGGGAACCUCCAGCAAGGCCCAAUGGAGCCAUUACAGAGUACCUUCUCUAUCACAACAACCAAAUGAUCUACAGGGGGGAAGACAGACAACACAAUAUCACUGGUCUUGGAGUAUAUUCCACCCAUGUCCUAGUACUGACUGCGUGCACUUCAGUGGGAUGCACCAACAGUUCACAAGUUACUGUGCUGACCUCUCAGCUUCCUCCAGGGCCUCUACAUGCACCAACUCUUACCCUGCUUGACUCACGGACUAUUCUGGUGGAGUGGUCCCGUCCCUCUCAGGUGAAUGGCGCUUUGGAGUUCUAUUCCAUCUUCCUGUCACAUGAUGGUGCAGGGCCUGUGCUAGCCUAUAACAGCUCAGAACUUUUUGAAGACCACACACUCCGCAACUUAACCCCUGGAACAGCUUACACCGUCACGCUCGCCGCCUGCACAGGAGGUGGGUGUACCUUAAGUCCUCCAAGCUUGGCACAGACUGAGGAGAGCACCCCAGAGAAUGUUCCUGCACCGCUGGUCAUACCUCUGUCCCCGCAUGCACUCAACGUCAGCUGGACACCUCCUGGUACUCCAAAUGGCAUUAUCACCAGUUAUGGUCUCUGGCUGGAUGGACUUCUCAUUUUAAACUCCAGUUCCUUCCAGAGGUUCUUUGUGGUGGAGGGACUCUCUCCGUGGACCCGACACCUACUCAGGCUGCAGGCCUGUACAGCACAGGGCUGUGGCAAGGGACCAAUGGUGGAGAUGCGUACCUUAGAGAUGGCCCCAGAAGGCCCAAUACUGUUGGAUCUGACCAAUCAGAGCUCUCGAUCACUCCGAGCUCGCUGGACAGCUCCACCAAGACCUAAUGGGAACCUCAGCUACACACUGUACUACAAAAGCAAAGAUGGUGAUGGUGUGUUGGAUGGAAGUUCAGCAGCAGGCGGCUGGUUGUCCGUGACUGAUCUGCAGCCUUACACCAACUACAGCUUCUGGAUCAGAGGUUGUAACACAAAGGGAUGUGUUGAGAGCCUGCCACUCAAUGUUACUACACCCCCAACAGCCCCUGAUGGGUUGUCACCUCCAAGGCAGGCCCAUGCAACUAGUACCAGUCUUAAUGUAUCCUGGUCUGCUCCUGCCCACUCAAACUCACCAGGCCCACUCCGUUACAGCCUGCAAAUGAGGACUUCUCCUCAGAGGCCUGUACUAAGGCUAAUGGAAAACGCAACAGACACUUUUUCCUACCAUGUAGAUAGCCUGUCACCGUACACCCUGUAUGGCUUUAGAGUGGUGGUCUCACACACACAUGGGCAGACAGCCGGGCCAUGGGCAAUCCUGCGCACCGCAGAGGACAGUCCAGGACCAGUGGACACUCCAGCUAUAUCUGGGCUCUACCCUCGAAGUGUAACAAUUAGCUGGGUUCCUCCUUCCCAGCCAAAUGGCAUUAUCAUCAAGUAUAACCUCUAUCUUUUCCCCAGCUCCAUCUCUUCUUUAGAUUUCAAUCCCAGCUCAGUCUCCAGUACCAGCACAACCCUCAACUCCAGCUCAGGUCAUGACCUCAGGUCAACAUCCAACCUUACCACCCAAGGCUCAAGCCACAUGUCCAUGUCCACAGUCAACACAGGCAGUAAUGACAGCUCAAGCAUCAUCCAUGACACUAGACCGAACCGCCUUCCUCACCCUUUAGCUAGCUUGAGGCCCGGAAUCGCAAAAGACAACCAAAUCAAAUACACUGGUGUAAGAAAUACAAGCCAAGGGCUCGCUUCCCUCUCAGUCCACCCCACUGAACCAAAUACUGCCAGUGUAAACCCAAGCCCCAGUCUUUUACUGCCACACCCAGAAUACAAUGCAACCAGCUUGAAUACUGAACAUAUUGCAAAACAAGACUCCUUUCACAGCAUUUCUGGUUUCUUUAGUGCAGCUUUAGAUUCAAGUUCAUCCCUUCUAUCAGUCACUGUUCCAGGGAACACCACUAGCUACACUUUCCUCGACCUACUGCCAUACCAGGCUUACAGCGUCCAGGUAGAGGCGUGCACCAGUGUGGGUUGUGCGGUGUCUGGGAUGUCUCAGGAGUUUUGUACCCUCCCAGCUCCCCCUGAAGGUGUUCCUGCACCUCACGUUUACUCUGACACCCCCACCUCUGUUCUUUUGUCCUGGGGUGCACCGGAUUCGACCAAUGGACCACUGGAGCGGUGGCUGAUUGAGCGCAGAGUUGCUGGGACCAAACAAGUCUCCACAGUGGGCCAUUUCCCACCAGACCCUCCCCCUCUUUCCUUCCUGGACUCUUCAUCGGCUCUCAGUCCCUGGACUAGCUACCAGUAUCGACUUGUGCUCCAUAAUCAGGCUGGCAACACUGCAGGACCCUGGGUCAAUAUCACCACCCGGCCUUCUCGACCAGCUGGUCUCAGUCCACCAAGGGUGAAGGUCUUGGGGCCAGAAUCACUUCAGGUCACAUGGUCACCUCCUAUUAUUCCGAAUGGGGACAUCCACGGCUAUGAGAUCCGCCUCCCAGAACCCAGCAUCUUCCAUGACAGUGGCAAGGCUUCUGAGCUCAACGUCAUAAUAACAGACCUCAUUCCAUACACAAACUACAGUAUUACUGUGUUGGCAUGUUCCAACGGUGGUGGACAUGUUGGAGGUUGUACAGAAAGCCUGCCCACGCCUGCUACUACAUUACCCUCAACCCCCGAAGGCCUUGAACCAUUGUCUGUAGUGGCAGUCAGUGAGUCCUUCCUGGCAAUUUCCUGGCAACCACCAAGCAGGCCCAAUGGACCAAACAUCCGAUACAAGUUGCUCAGACGUAAAACCCACCAGCCCCUGGCCAUCGCCACUGUCCCUACGGUAACAGCCAUGUCCCCUCCCCCCUCUGAAGAUCUCCAUCGCUGGCUCCAUGUUUACUCCGGCACCAAAUUGUUCUACCAAGAUAAAGGCCUAAGCAGAUUUACCCGUUACCAGUACCAGUUAGUGGUCCAUAAUGACGUGGGCUACUCCUCAGGUGAAAUUGUUAUGGCAGUGACCAUGGCGGGGGUUCCCCACCACCCUUCGUCUUUGUCUGCCUACGCUAUCAAUCACACUGCUGUGCAGGUCAACUGGACACAACCCUCUUUGCAAGAUCUACCGGGAGAGGUGGAAUCUUAUUUUCUCACAGUAGUGUCUGGCCAGUCAAGUCAAAUUUUGUCUUUCCCCCGUGAGAUCAUCUCCACAGUAAUAAGUGACCUUUGGCCCAGCACGACAUAUCUGUUGUCUGUACAGGUGUCCAACGGAGCACAUAAUACAUCUAAGGCAACUGUUAAUGUAACCACAGAGGAUGGAGAGCCAGACGGGAUGUCAACCCCAGAGGUGGUUCCAGUUAACAGCAGCACAGUACGUGUGCUCUGGUUUCCUCCUCAACGGCCCAAUGGAGCCGUUACUGGUUACUACAUCUACCUUAAUGACCGUCUUCAUGGCAGUGUAGACAACAGCUCAGGGUCCUACCUGCUGGGGGACCUGCGACCUUUUACUGUCUACAACAUACAGGUGGAGGUGUGUACUGUGUAUGCAUGUGUGCGGAGUAAUGUUACUCAGACAACUACUGUGGAAGACAUGCCUGCCGACUUGGCCACACCGCACGCACACGUGAUCAGCCCCAGGAUGGUGAGGUUGGACUGGUCCCCUCCAGGAAGACCCAGUGGGAUCAUGCUGGGCUAUGAUGUCUUAAGAAGGACCCUGAGGCCAUGUGACGUUGGGUCAACAGGGAUUACAUCCUCUUUGGUGGAAGAUUCAGGUGGUGUUAGCUUCAGAUGUUUCUACUUGCAGUGUCCUGCCACUCAUGGUGUGUGUGGGAUGUCCUGCUUCCAUCCUGACAUUCAGGUUUGCUGCAGUGGACUACUGUACACUAAGAAACCAUAUCAUCAUUGCUGUGAGGGCAGUUACCUUAGUUUGAAUAAUUCCUCCAAUCCGGUCUGCUGUGAUGGCAAACUGCUCUUAGCUCUCCCUGACCACCAUUGCUGUGGAGGAUACUAUGUUCAUGUUAAAACCAAUGAAAACUGCUGCCCUGACUACUCGCAGGGCCGGGUCUCCGUGGGGCUGGGUGACAGCUGCUGUGGGGGGGUUCCUUACUCCAUGAAAGGCAGCCAGCUCUGCUGUAGUGGGAGCCUCCAUGAUGGCUAUGGGGUCCGAUGCUGUGGAGGCCGGAUUGUGGAAGAUUCACUAGUGUGCUGCGGUGAUGCUGAGAGGGGGGAAGUUUAUUCAUAUACCCCAGGUUUUGUCUGCUGUGGCCAGGAGUAUAUAAACUCAUCAACCUCUCUUUGCUGCGUGGGUAAGGGUGGAUAUCCCACAAUGCACCCUGCUGGCAAUGCCACAGUGACACUGCAGUGCUGUGGGUCAAAGGUCAUACAUCAGGAAGAGGAAUGUUGCAAUGGAAUUGGCUAUGACCCUCAACGACAUGUGUGUGCUGACAACCCCACACCUGGCCUGUUGAUGCAGCACCAGUGUUUGCAGGGAACUGUGUGUCCAAUAGCUGCAGCAUCUACAGCUUACUGUGGCUCCUGUGACCUCGAUCCAUCUACGACGGCCUGCACAUGGGUCCUGUCUGCAUACAAGCACCCUGACACACCCUCCACAACAUAUUCACCUUCCAACAACACCACUCAUGAAACUCUCACUAGGGGCCUGUCUACACAUACAAACAUAAGUGAGAACACACACAAAAUGGCUGAGGCAUACAGUCACACGCAAUCUGAGAACCUGCGAUUCGAGGGAAGCCUGUGCCCGUCGCACGAGGAGGUAAUGUACAGCGGAGAUGCCAAAAGACACACCUAUACAGACUCUGACCUGGAGCCCUUCACCACCUAUGAGUACAGAGUGAGGGGCUGGAACAGCUAUGGACGAGGCUCCACUGAUGCUACAUCAGUGACCACCAGUGAAGACAAACCGUGGGGAGUGGCACCGCCCCGGUGGCGUCGCUUAGGUGAACGAGAUGACAUCAUCCAGUUGCUAUGGCAAGCACCGGCCAAGCCUAAUGGAGAUCCCAUCCACUAUGUUAUACUGCGGGAUGGACAGGAGCGUUACCGUGGUGAUGAAAACAGUUUCACUGAUGUGGGUGGGAUCAGGCCUUUCCAAGAAUACACUUACCAGCUCAGGGUCUGUAACCGGGCUGGUUGUACUGACAGUACACAGGUGGUGGCAGUGACAGUCCAGGGAGUCCCAGAGGGUGUGCAGCCUCCAGUGGUAACAGCUUUAAGCCCCUAUUCCCUCAAUGUGAGCUGGUCUGAACCAAUUCGUCCCAAUGGAAACAUACAACGGUAUCACCUGAAUCAGACUGGGCUCGGAACCAUAUUUACACACUUCGAUGGGCCAAGAAAUUAUACUCUAACUGGUUUGCAGCCGUACACAGAAUACAGUUUUGUGCUGAUGGCCUGUACAGCUGUCGGAUGUGGAGCCAGCCUACCUUCCACGGGACGGACCCUGCAAGCCUCCCCUGCUGGUGUAUGGUCAAACCCCAGACAUCUGAUAAUAAACACAUCUGCAGUGGAGCUGUACUGGGAUCAGCCACAUCAGCCUAAUGGACACAUCUCCCAGUACAGACUGAAAAGAGAUGGUCACACUAUUUUUACCGGAGACCACUGUGACCAGAAUUAUACAGACACUGGACUCCUGCCAAACCGCAGGCAUAUAUACGAGCUGGAGGCCAGUACAGAGGGUGGGACUGGUGUGAGUGACAAAUAUGUCAUACAAACACCAGACUCCUGCCCCACUGGGAUCCAACCUCCCCACAAUGUGACAGUGUUAGGUCCCCAAUCCAUCUUUCUUGCCUGGACCACUCCUGCUCAGCUCUACAGCAGCCAGCCUGUCAACUACAACAUCCUGUUCAAUCCAGGAAGUGAAAGAGCCAUAAUGCAUCAUGCUGGCCAAAAUCAGCAACUCACUGUGUCAGGUCUAGAGCCAUUCACUGUCUACUACAUCAGAGUCCAGGCAUGUGAAAUUGAUGGGUGUGGAGUAGGAGGGGGUGUGUAUGCCCGGACCUUAGAGACCACCCCAGAAGGUCUGCUGCCUCCCACAGUAAAGGCAGCUGGAGCCAGUGUUCUGGAGAUCCGCUGGUCACCCCCCGAAAAACCCAACGGACUCAUCACAUCCUACCAUAUAUACAGGCGUCCAGUAGGAACAGAGGAGGAGCUGCUGGUUUUUAUCUGGUCCAGUGGUCCUUUUGAAUUUGUUGAUGCAAGCCCUGCCCUGCGACCCUUCAGCUACCUCCAGUACAGGGUUCGCUCCCACAACUCCAAAGGCUCAGUUCUGAGCCAAUGGGCUUUAGCUCAGACCUUACAAGCAGAACCACGAGAUAUGGCCCCACCCACUGUCACACCAACUGGCCCAUACUCAGCCCAUCUGAAAUGGAGUGAACCAGGAGAGCCCAACGGUCACAUUUCCCAUUAUAGACUGGUUUACAAGAAGCACCAACAGGACCCAACACUUAAUACAACUGCUGUUACUGCUCUAACUGUAAAGGGUUCAGUCCUAGAAGCAACAGUCUAUGGUCUUGAACCAUACAGUCAUUAUAGUGUACAAAUGGAAGCAGUGAACGAGGCAGGUAGUGUGUCAAGUCCCUGGGUAGCCAUUAGGACCCUGGAGGCUUCUCCGGCUGGCCUGGCUAACUUUACAGUGGAGCAGAGAGAGCAAGGCAGGGCAUUACUGAUUAGCUGGGAUCAGCCAAGUGCUCCAAAUGGAAUCAUCACGAUGUACAACUUGUACAGUGAAGGAAACCUGGAAUUCAGCGGACUGUCACGCAACUUCCUGUUUCGUCGUUUGGAGCCAUGGACCAUGUAUACUUUGACCCUUGAAGCUUGCACCUUAGCAGGCUGCACACACACCCUGCCUCAGCAUGUCACCACAGCAGCAGCUCCACCUGCUUCUCAGCCCCCUCCCAGGCCUCUCUUAAUUGGCCUAGACCAUGUGUCACUUACCUGGGGCCCUCCUUCCCAACCCAACGGGCCAAUUGAAGAGUAUUUCUUACUUGGAAGGAGUUUGGAGGAAUUGGAGAGGGGAAGAAGUAAUGAAGACGAUACUGAAAGGGGAAAGGUGCUGUUUAGAGAAUCAUCCCCACCACCUGCUGACACCGUCUCCUAUACAGUGACUGGUCUGCAUCCCUGGACACAGUACGAAUUCAGUGUCCAGGCUCACAACCCAGCUGGACACACCCACAGCCCCUGGGUAACUGUGAAAACCAGACAGGCCCCUCCUUGUGGUCUAGCUCCCCCAACAGUGAGUCACCUCCAAGGCCAGCCCGGUGAGGUGUUGGUGUCCUGGACUCCCCCUUCGGAGCCCAAUGGGAUACUUCAGUCCUACAGGAUACUGAGAAACAAUGUCAGUUUCUCAUUUAGUUUUGACCCUACUGUCCUCAGCUACACCGACGACAACCUUCUGCCAUUUUCAACAUAUAGCUACUCAAUCAUAGCUUGCACGUCUGAAGGAUGCGUCACCAGCCCACAUACAAACAUCACUACUUUAGAGGCUCCACCCGCCACAGUGGAAGCUCCCACAGUGGACAGCAUUGCAUCCACUAGUAUAAACAUGUCCUGGAGUAAACCACAGACACAGAAUGGAGAAGUGACUGAAUAUGUGCUGAAACUAAACAACGUAGAAAGUUAUCGUGGGAGAGACCUAAAUACAGUGUUGUCAGAUCUGCUGCCACACACGUUGUACCAUCUGGUCCUUUUAGCUUGUACCCGCGGUGGGUGCACCACCAGCUCCACAAUAUCCAUUAUGACUGGGGAGGCUCCUCCCACUGGCCUGUCUGCCCCGACUCUUAAGGUAACCGGCCCAGAGUCAGUGGAGGUAACCUGGAGACCACCAGAGCACCCAAAUGGCAUCAUCACAGGAUAUGAGCUCCGCAGAGAUGGCGAAGUUAUCUUUGUUGGCACUGAAACCCAUUACCAUGACUUCACACUUGUGCCAAGCGUGGAAUACAGCUACGUUGUCAGGGCCAACAACAGCAAAGGGGCAGCGAGCAGUGCGGCAGCCACAGCAAAGACUCACCCAUCAGCUCCUUCUGGUGUUGGUCUUCCCACAUUGACGCCUCUGGGACCAUACCAGUUGAGAGUAGAGUGGAGUACUCCAGCCCGUCCUAAUGGAGACAUUGAGAGUUACACUGUGUAUCAAAGAGAUCCAGUCCAGCUCAGCAUCACCAGCACUGUGUUCACUCCAGAGGACAGUGACUUCUCUGUCCGACACACCACCCUGCAUGGGCUGGCUCCUUACCACAGGUAUGAAGUGAGGGUGGAGGCUUGCACUGCGCUGGGCUGCUCCUCCAGUGACUGGUCAUCUGCACUCACGCUGGAGGCUCCCCCUGCUGGACAAACAGUGCCACUGUUAGAUCUCCAGCCCGACACACACACAGGCCUAGAGACCACCUUUCUACUCACCUGGUCCCCUCCAGCUCAGCCAAAUGGUAGAGUCCUUCAUUACGAGGUGUACCGCAGAAUGGACCUUACCCCCGAUGCAGCAACACUUGUCUACAGGAAUAUCUCUACUACUUUCAAAGAUGAAGCACUCCAGUCGUAUACUGUAUACCAGUACCAGGUGUGGGCAGUGAAUUCUGCCGGUCGUUCUGCUAGUCCGUGGGCCAGUGGGAGAACAGGACCCGCCCCACCUGAGGGUGUAGGCACGCCUAUUUUUCUGCGUGUUUCGGCAACCUCAGCAGUGGUGGACAUCCAUCCUCCAGCCCGACCCAAUGGGAUUGUUAGCCUUUACAGAGUGUUCUCAGUGAACCACAACAACCAAACUCUGCUUUCAGAGAGUACAUCCCAUAAGCAGACACUCCAUGGUUUACGUCCUUACACCCGAUACUGGGUAGGAGUAGAAGCCUGCACCUGCUAUCAGUGCUGUAGCCAGGGUCCAUUGAGUGAGCUCCGCACCCUGGCCGCCCCCCCAGCCCACCAGCCUCCUCCUCGCCCCGUCACCCUGACCUCUCGCUCGGUUCAGCUGGAGUGGGACGAGCCUCUGGUACCUAAUGGAGUCAUUGAGAGCUGUGAGCUACAUCUCAGAUCCCCAUGCCCCCAGCCCCCCCAGCCUGUACCCCUCCCUUGUGUUGAAGGCCCAAUAGAAAUAUGUUUCUUUGGUAAAAGAAACAGCUACAACGUGACAGGCCUUCAGCCAUACUCCACCUAUCAGCUGAGAGCUGCCUGCUUCAACAACAUGGGCAGCACUGCCUCCAACUGGACUACAGUUACCACACUCAGCGAAGCUCCCCAGUAUGUGUCUCCUUUCUCUGUGGGCAGCAACCUGACAGUUAUUUGGCUGGACUGGACAGGGUCCUUCUCCCUCAACGGCUACCUGAAGGAGUAUAGUGUAACAGAGAGCCAGCUGAGGGUCUAUACCGGCUUCUACAGCGAUCUCCAUAUUCCGCGCACCUCACAGAAAACUCUAUCAUUUCAGGUGACUUGUACCACAAAAGGUGGCAGUGCCAGUACUCCUACCAUCAGAUAUAGCCCUGCCACAGGUCUAGAUCCUCUUGAGCCUGAAGACAGUGGUAAAGAGAGUGUCAACCUGUCAGCAACCCCAGUGUACUCUGAGCUGUGGUUCAUCUUGUUGUUAACCCUGCUGGGUCUAUUUCUGCUGGCCAUACUGCUGGGCCUUGUGCUACAAAGAGCCCUAAGGAAAAAUCCAUCAGCCAGAGAGCGCCCCCCGCUGGUCAUGCUUCAGAAGACGAGGAAGUCUGGGGGAGAGACGUACAUGAGGCCCUGUCCUGAGUUGUGCUCUAAACAUCACUCCAGCUCAGUGUUCCUCCCUGACCGUCCUACAGGUCUGACAGACACAAAGAUAGUCGGCAGCAGUUCACAGUUCAGCCCCAUGUCGGUCCUGCGGGUCCCCAGCCAAACAGACCUCAGUCAGGCAUACUCCCAGCAUUCCCUGCACCGCAGUGUCAGUCAGCUGAUUGACAGGAAGUCACUGAUGAUGGAGGAAGGAAGCUGGGACAACCCACUGGGACAUGAUUCAGGACUGUAUGUGGAGGAAGAUGAGUUUGUGGACGCCAUCAAGGCCUUUAGAUCUGUUAAGAAGGAGCACACCAUGUUCUCUGACACUCAUCUUUAAGAGAUCUCAUCUAAUCAGGUAUCGCCAUUGCAAUUCAGAUUUAGUUAGAAACCAGGACAGUGAAACAUUCAUACAUGGCAUUUAGUGUAAGAUGAAUUUAGGAAGAAAGAUAAUGUAAAAAUCCAAUGAUGAAGAAUAUUUCCUUUUCAUUUAAUUUGAUUAGGUCCAAAAUGCACUGGUAUAGUGCUUAUAAUGUUUUAAUGAUUCAAUUUGGAUCCAAAGUUGUAAAAGAAAGCCAGAGACCUGAGAAGGGGAUAAUAAUGGUUGUUUUACUGCAGAAUUCACCCCAAACUACAAUAAAAUAGGUGUUUUGCCCCACUGUGUGUACUGUAUGCCCCUCCCUCUAGGGACUAAUAGUCUUGAGUAGAGACCGGGAUCCAACAUCUAGGAAUACAUUUUGGUUAUGGACCCUGUCUGCUGUGAUUGUGUAGGUUGUGACAGAAAAAGCUCCAGUAUAUUGGCUGCAAAACUUUGAUGUAUCCAUAUCUUGAUUGUAAUUAUACAGGACAAUAUAUCUUGAAUCCAGCUUAGAUUAAGAACCGUCUCUGCUUGCCAACUGUUAAGUAAUUUUAAAUGCAGAAGGAUCAGCUAUAGCAGGUUUGCUUCCCAUUAUUCAGAAUCAAACCAGUUUAGAAAUCAAAUAUCAAAGGUUUUUAUCACGUCCUCUGCUUCAACAAGUACUUGUGCCUAGUAUGCUAACAAAAUAUCAGCAGUAGCAGUCCUUUUAGUUGUAGUAGACACAUUGCCUUGGUGUUAGCUUUAUGACAAAAAAUGCCAACUGUUUUUUUAUUAAUUUGUUAAUAUGUAUCUGGGAAUCACAGAUGUGCCGUCCAAUUGUUGUGAUUAUGUGAUGUAACUUGAAAGCCCAAUCUGAGAUUUUUUUUUUUUUUUAA